AUGGAAGUCCCAAACUUAAACCAAGAACCUGUGACAAACCCUUUACUCGAUCAUAUUCCAAAUAUUUUUCAUCGCUAUAUCAGACGUUUAAAUAAUGUCAAAGGUGAUGGAAACUGUGGAUUUCGGUCAAUUGCCGUCGGCCUUGGUCUCGAUAAAAAUAUGUGGCCUGCAAUUCGACAAGAGUUGUUACAAGAGUUAACGUAUCAUGAGCAAGAUUACAUGGAUAUAUUGACUCCUAUAGGCUUUAAUUACAUUUGGAAGACCGUGGAUUUUUCGGGAACUGGUUUUGCCCCAAUGGAUAAAUGGAUGUCUAUGCCAUAUACAGGAAACAAGAAGGCAUGUGUGCCUAUGGGUGAUGAUGACCUUGUGAAAAGAAACAAGGUGAUGAAUGUACCCAUGGAUGAUACUCUCCCUGGGAAAGUCAAAGAAAGUGAUGAUUUUGAGCAUGAAAGAGGACAAUCAGCCACCGGUGUUGAUGCAUAUAUCAAGACGUUUGGUGUGUCAGAAAAUGAAGCAAUUGAAGAGCCCAAGAAAAUGAUUGAAAAUGCAUGGAUAUAUAUAAACGAGGGGUGUCUCAAGCUAGGAGAAGUCUCCAUGGAUUUGCUUGCGCCAAUUCUCAAUCUUUCACGAAUGAUUCCUGUGGUAUAUUGGUAUGACGAUGGGUUCACUUUUCCCGGAAAGACCCCUAAAGAGUAUAUUAAUCUCUUGUUUGUUGGUUAUGUUCCCAUGUAG